AUGAACCAAGAAGAGGAUGAACAUCAAUAUAAUGAUAUCUGUUCCAAAGUCAACUUGCUGUCAUCCAUUCAGCAUCAGCAAAAGGAGCUCUCCAAACUGGCAAAGCAAUUGCAGUCCGAAAGAGACAGAGAAAAGUACACCAAAGUGAUUGAGAUGUCUAAAGUCAUCCAGUCAAAAUUAGACUAUCUCCAGCAGGAAAAGAAGCGCUGUGAAUUUGAUGUGCGUAUUGUAAAGACCAUCGAUCGAAAAAACUCCAUGUGGAGUCUACAACAUGACAACAGCAGUCAUCGCGCGAGUAGCAGUAGUUGUUGCAGCCAAAGUAGCACGAGUGAUAAUACAACCAUAGUAACCAAUAAUGGCAAUGGCAGCCAAUGUGGCGAUGGCGAUGAUUUACUGCCCAAUGUCUUUUCAGAUGCUCCUGCUCGGUACCAUACAUACAAUGGGCAUACAUAUAGAGUAAUAGAUCGAGUUACAUCGCUGCAAUUUAAACCCGAUUCAUAUACCACCAACAGAAGAUCUUCCACUCCAGAUACUCUGUUUGAAAAUAAAACAAUGUACGUAAAGCCAACAUUCAAAAAGAAGCAAAUAUCGUUCUCUCCCCUGCCGCCAAAACAUCACAGUAUUGCAUGGGAGGACAAAAAAGAUGGCGAGGGAGGAGAAGACGAGCAAGAGCUAGAAGAAGAAGAAGAGGAGGAGGAGGAGGGAAUCACUCAAUCAGCAACCAUUCAUGUGGCUGUCCGUCGAGAUGCUUCUCUUUUCACGAUUGAAAAGGCCAAGGAUUGUCAGGAAGAAGCUACUAUUGAAACAAACAACAUGGAUAAUGAGACUAUAGAUGAAGCAAAUGCAGUGAAAUCAGCCAAUGCAGGAUUGCUUACACCACCAGACUCACCACAAACACAGAGCCAAUUUGACAGAGAAAUAGGCCCUGAAUCCUAUCUGGAUUUAAGUUUGCAUCCGCACAUUAUACACGUACAUAAGAAAACACAUUCCAGCCUCAAGGGUUUAUUAAAGAGAUCGUACCAAUUAAACCAAUAUACCAUUACGAAAACCAACUCAAUCACACUAUCAGCUCCUUCUCAGUCAUCCCCUUCUUUUACACUGCCUUUAUUGUUACUGUACAAGACGCACAAUGCAUUCACCGGAAAAGCCAAGCUCUUGCUCAAGAUGGUGAUUACAUCCUUAACAGCCAAAUCAACAGAAGUACAAAAGCGAUUUGGAUUCACAUUCAUGAUCCAUCAUCAGUAUCAACACCAACACCAACAAGACGAUGCAAAGUUUGCCCUGGCACCCGAUUCACUGGUUAAGGAGGCGCUUGCAACUUGGAUCAACUCCCAGAAUGAAGAGCACCAACGACAAAGCAGAAGGGAUGCAUCUACAUCGCAAGCUCCUUUCCUGCCAUUGUUGUCAAAGUCGGAUGAAAUUCUGAGGGACGGCCGUAAACUGUACGUUGUCUAUGAUACAAGCUUAUUUCCUUCAUCACGCUGCUCAAUGUAA